UACAUAAUUAAAAAUAUAUAUGCAAGUAAAUAUCCAGUGUUCUAGUAAUACCAGUAAUUUGAGAUUGAAAAGUUUGCAUCUUUAAUAUUUCAGCUACAACUAUAGGCAGUGUAACAGCUGUACAUAUAGUAUUACACCAUGCAGUUUGGUAUGGCCAAUGAUCCCCUAUCAUCCUUUACUUUGCAACCGCAGGGAAAAUACCAGUUCAUAGCUGAAUUAAAGGACAAAGAGAUCAACAGUCUGAAAGAAGAGCUUAAAUCGCUGCAGUUGUCCAAGUGUAGUUUGCAGAAGACAUUAAGUGAAUUGGAGCAGAAGUUACAUCUCCAGGUGCAAACCAAAGACAGUCAUCUGAACCAGUUGAGUGAGGUGGAGAGACGGUUUGGGUCAGUGUCUCGACACUUUGCUGCUGUGAGACAGGCUCAUGAGAAGCUGGAGCAAAAAGUUGGAGAAGCAGUGAGGCUCAAUAAGAAUCUGUCAUCUUUAAAUAAGAAACAAGAAUUCACAAUUACUUCUUUAAAACAGAUUUUUGUGAAAGGAUAG